AUGGCUUGCUCAACCAGCGCUGAGGUAGGAAGAGGGGACUCUUCCACAAUCCGCCAGAGAACUUGUACUCGUUCUGCAUGCUGUUCCUCCUCUCCUACACCAGAGAACAGAUGCUGUGAUGACAACUGCCUCGUCGAAAUCGCACGCCGGGAUUGCAAGAAUGAGCACAAUCAUCGAAACAAGCUUCCCUCGAGCUCCCAGUCUUCCAUUCCACUCCCAUCCGACGAAGAACCAUGCGAGAGCCACCUUUCCAAAGCAAAGGCUGCAUAUAGCGAGAUGUUGAACAAUAUUGGGUGUAUUUGCAGGGUGUUGCUUUCGUUGAAUUUGGAAUCGUGCUGUGCUCUGGAGACUGGGACUGCUCGACGCAAGAGUUCGGAGAAGGAGGGACUUUUGGCGGGAAUGAGAAGAGCUUCUAGUGGGUGGAGUUCUGUCAAGUCGGUUGGAGGCGCUUCGUGUGCUGGGGAGUCGUGCUGCUCUCCCCCGAAGGGCGAGUUGGUGGACACGAUCACGAAAAUAAACGCCUGUUGCUCUACACCGCCAGAGCAAACUGGAACCAAUAUUGGAAUGAAUAUUUCUGCCACAAAAGCUAGGUUCACCUGUGGUGUCAAAGCCAGCCCUAAGCAUGCCAAAGAGGGUUUGGACUGCUGCGGGGAGGAGACAAGUUUCGUCGACGAUCAAGCUCCUGCUCCGGAUUGUGGUAAAGGAUGCUGUUCCGAACCGAGCGUGGAACCAGCCGUUACAUCGAAAUCUGUAAGUGGUUGGAGCAAAGGAAGCUGUUCUGAAUCAGCUGUGGAACCGAUUGUUGUCGCUGCACCUCUGGGCGAUUGUAGAAAAAGCUGCUGCUCAGAGCCAAUCUCGACUCCAUCAGACAGAAAGUCGUCAUUGAAUAGAUGCUGUUCUACUGAGGUUCAGGCUGGGAAGCACACUACCCUGGGAGUGGAAGAAGCAAAUGGUCGCAAAAUCGGAUGCCAGGAUGUCUCAAAUCCGACUGGGAAGCGCCCAGUCACUAAGGAAGCUUGCUGUUCCAAAACCAAGUCAGGAGGCAACAAAUGUUCGCAAGAUAUCGAAAUUUUACCCUACACCUCGAACGCGAGCGCCGAUCAGGUGGACUUGGAAAAGGGGGCUCUUGAAGUCGAACAUCUUAUCAUCAGUGUCCAAGGGAUGACCUGUACUGGCUGCGAAAAAUCGCUCUCCAAAGCUCUGACUUCAAUGCCAGCGGUUUCCAAUAUCAAAACCAGCCUUGUAUUGGGUCGAGCAGAAUUUGAUUUUCGCGCAAGUUCCGCCGAUAUCAGCGUUGCCGAGACUAUCAAGACCAUUGAGAAGAUGACUGGACUUACUUGCUCGAAGAUGACAUUGUCUGGACACGAGCUUGACCUUAUUGUGGAAGACCCUACACUCUUUAUAGGCGACAAAGAUCUACCAUAUGGGAUUUCCGAUAUCGCUAUACUCGAUUCUCGCACCAUUCGAGUUACCUAUCAUCCAGAGGUUCUUGGCGCAAGAGAUUUGACGGGCAAUCCAUUCUUUGAAUUAGCCAAGCUGGCCCCGAUGGCAGACCCUCCUCUCAUCACAUCUGGUAGAGCACAUCUUCGCUUGAUGCUCUUCAAGACGUUGGUGCUGACUAUUCCUGUGCUUAUCAUGGCAUGGGCCAAGCUUCCUCCUCGAGAAAUCGCUUACGGAGCUGCUUCACUAGUCCUCGCAACGAUUGUGCAAGUGUACAUUGCUGGCCCAUGUGAAGUAGACUUUCUAGUGGUCCUCUCCACAUCAACCGCCUACAUAUACUCCAUCAUUGCCUACGCUUGCCUGGCUUAUGAAAAGCCUCUUUCAACUGGGAGCUUCUUCGAAGCUAGUACGCUACUGGUAACAUUGAUUAUGGUGGGACGCCUUGUGACUAGUUUGGCAAGACAGCAAGCUGUGGAGUCGAUCUCUAUUGAAUCACUUCAACCAUCAACUGCUAUUCUCGUAGACCCAAAAUCAAACUCUCAAGAUGAGAUUGAUGCGCGACUCUUGCAAUACGGAGAUGUAUUUGUGGUGUUACCUGAUUCGUCAAUCGCCACAGAUGGGACUGUCAUCUCUGGCAUAUCGGACGUCGACGAGUCUAUGAUCACGGGCGAAGCUACUCUUGUGGCCAAACAACCAGGUUCCCCGGUGGUUGCCGGAUCUAUAAAUCACUCUGGAACCUUAACAAUUCGCCUAACCCGGCUUAUGGGAGACAAUACAAUCAAAGCGAUCGGUUUAAUGGUUGACGAGGCAAAAUCUUCCAAAGCCAAGUUCCAAGAUAUGGCAGACAGAGUAGCGGCUUACUUUGUCCCAAUUAUCCUUGUUCUCACAGUCAUUGUGUUUAUUGUCUGGGUGGGAGUCGGUAAAGGAAUUCGAGAUUAUUCGACCACAACUGCAUGCAUCAACGCCAUGACUUACGCUAUCUCCGCUCUCAUUGUGUCAUGUCUAUGCGCAAUCGGCCUAGCUGUUCCUAUGGUUCUGGUCAUCGCCGGUGGAGUGGCUGCUAAAAACGGUGUGAUCUUCAAGUCAGCAGAAACGAUUGAAAAGGCUAGAAACAUCUUCCAUGUCGUGUUCGACAAGACAGGCACCCUCACGCAGGGGCUGCUCGCGGUGGAGAGAGAGAUAUACCCAACCGGCGAAGGAACCACACUUGGUCCAAUGAUUCUUGGUUUGACAAGCGGUAGCAAGCACCCUGUGUCGACAGCCAUAGCAGCACAUCUGAAGUCAACUGUCACCAAAGCAGAUGAGCUGAAGAACGUCACCUCGAUUGCGGGCUGUGGCAUUAAAGCUACCUGGGGAGAAGAGAAUAUUCGUGCGGGAAAUCCAUACUGGCUGGGAGUUGAAAACCUACCAGCGGUCAAGGAUAUCCUCUCCCUCGGAGUCACUAUCUUUUGCAUCACUGUCAACAAAGGUCUUGUUGCAGUGUAUGGUCUCAAGGAUAGUCUCCGACCAGAUACCACGGCUGUUAUCAACGAGUUGAAGCGGCGGAACAUCGAGAUUUCUAUUGUUAGUGGUGACAAUGAAGAGUCUGUCAAGUCUGUUUCUCGAACUCUCGACUUGCCUGAAAGUCAUGUGCGCUUUCGAUGCACAAAAAAUGUUGUGAUGUUCUGCGGCGAUGGAACGAAUGAUGCUGUGGCACUUGCUCAAGCAUCUAUCGGUAUGCACGUCAAUGGAGGCACAGAUAUCGCUCAAAGCGCAGCAGAUGCUGUCCUCAUCCGACCAGCUCUGGGCGGAGUCAUCGUCCUCAUCGACCUUUCUAAGGCCUUUUAUCGACGAGUUGUCUUCAACUUUACUUGGUCGUUCGUCUAUAACACCUUCGCGAUUCUGUUGGCCGCGGGAGCAUUUCCGAAUGCAAGAAUCCCACCUCAGUAUGCUGGUUUGGGUGAGAUUGUAAGCGUUUUGCCGAUUAUUGCUAUUGGGGUGCAUUUGAGGUGGGCUAAGUUUACCAAUUUCAAGGUCUAA